GAUGACGAACUACAGUUAUAAUACAAAACGCCGUUUGCUAAUGCUAGUAAUGUGUUUGCCUGUUUUCUAUUGUAAGCUCCUUACAUCAAUAGACUUAUUCCAUUGAUGUAAUUUUGGUUUAGACUUUUAUACCGUUUAAACAGAAGUACCAGAGUGUAUGGUUAAUGUUCUUACCGUGCAACUUAAAGCAAAUGCGUAGUCGUAGCUCCACACUGUAGGCUUGUUUUGCCAUGUAUCACAUGCAAAUUAUGGCUUGAGACAGAAUUCCAUAUUUUAAAGAUAUGUAUGAAAGGUGCUGUGAUUUCUACUUGGUGAAACCAAAAUAUAUGAAGAUAUUAUUGAAUACAUUUUUAUAAAAGCUGAGAAGCUGCAUUUUAACCACGUAUGAAUUAUUUGAUUACAAAUUGAAAGUUGUGGAGUACGGAGCCAAAUCAAGAAGAAAAAAAAACAACUGUAUUCAUCCCAAACCUUAAGGAGCUUCAUGUAGCUACAAGCAGUGAUCCUUGCCUUCUCCUGAGGUGAACAUGCAAUUUGAACAUACCUCCUGUUAUUUACAGAAAUGUCACAAUAGAAGAGAACAGCUGAGUUCCAGUGUUGUCUGAAUCCCUCUAUCCAUCCACAGCUGCUCUCCUACUGUACACCCAAGUGCUGUUCUAGAGCAGGCCUCCUCUUGUAGUCUAUGUUUGAACUCUCCUUCGGGUUCUACUCUAAAUACGAUCCUCUUUAUUGCCCAAAUUGUCCUAUUUUAUUUUAUAUGUUAUGUAUUUGAAUUUGCAUGAAUAGAAGCUGGAGCACGAAUUCGGCUGAAGUGUGUAAAAUAAAAAAUCCUGCAUAGUAUGCCUUUAACUAACGACAGGCCUACAAGUCCAUACUUGGAUGGCUGUAUACAAAAUACUAAUAAAAAGUAUUUAAAGUAUUUUGUAUACAGCGAUCCCAAUAUGGAUUUGGAGGCCUGUCGUUUUGUUUUGUUUUUUCAAGCAUCAAACGUGAAUCAUGAAGAGACGCAGUUUCGGCAUGCUGCAACACCCACGAGUAAUCCGAAUAUGGUGGUGGGUGGGGCCAAGAAACAAUGGUCAAACUGUGCUAGUGCCAAGGGACAGCAUGGAACGCCGAAGGUUGAACUAUCCACCACAGCCUAGACGUUAUCUGUGGAUUUCACCGUGGAGAAGACUCCGUUAGACCAAAGCAGCAAUUGUAUUUUUUAACCAUCGCAGUAAGGUUGUGGUAAAUAAUGUUGUAGCAGUGUUUAUACAACGUUAUAUAUAGGCUGCCACCCCCAACCAAUAAUUUUCCAGCUGUAAAUUGCGUCACCGGGGAAUCCCCCAAUUUAUCCGCUUUACGCAAAGAAUCUAUAAAAAAAACCGACGGAAGCAGCCCACACAACUGAGCGCCCUGCUGGCAUGAUAUCUCUCUCUCUCUAAAUAUAUAAUAUAUAUCUCGAACAAAGAAGAUUCCCAUCUGUAUUUUAAAUAGUUGUAGGGUCCUACGCUGUUAUCGUUACCAGUGUUAGCAAAAUAAUACAUAAGCCUAAUUCAAAUUAUAGUCUCUGUGAGAUCUUUUCAUAUUUCUUCGCCAUCGUAGCUUUAACGGCGUACAAUAGGCUAACUUGUUUAUCAGCUUAGGCUACGUAACAUUUCACUAUGGAAUAACCAACGUUUUGACUCAGCUGGGGAAUAGAUGCGUUGAAUUCACAUGUGCAUUCUAUUGGAAAAGUAUAAAUUAUAGUAAAGAUAAACGCACUUUAUCUUAGCCCCCCUUCCGCGCACCCCACUUGGAAAGCCGCCUUCUCUCACCGGUAGAGGAGGGCUCUGUUUCGGUCAGAUGGCGUGCUGCAGUCCGCCCCCGGGUCUCCCGCACCCACACAUCCAGCAAAAAGGUUGUUAUUAACAAUGCGAUUCGCUUAGGGAGGACAGUAGCCAACGAAAUACUAUUGGACAGAUAGAAAACAUUGUAUCCAGGGGAAAACGGACAAUAUAGCAUUAACCUAUUGAAAUAAUUUAUCGAAGUAACACUAAAUUACCCGAGAACAUUCGCCUCGGAUUUCAAGCUGGCGCAACAAAAGUUUUCAUAAGUUCUUUUUUCAUACCCUGGACGUUACUACACCUGUCCUGUCGCGGUGGAGAACGUGUAACGGACGCUAAUUGGAUAUCAAAGGCAAUAUACAAAAAGGGGUGAGAUCAUUUAGCACUGAGCUCUGACAUUAUUCGUUAUCUCUCAGCUGCAAAUUAUAGUUCCUAGUCGGUCUUCAGAGCCGACGUGAAGCGUGUAGACAUUGGACACGGUUCCAAGAACUCCAGCAUCAUUCAGCGCGAAAGGGUCUCUGUCACCACCAAGCUGUCGGACUCGGACGAGGGAACGAUGUCGCUGCCGCGCACGCUGGGGGAGCUGCAGCUGUACCGCGUGCUGCAGCGGGCCAACCUGCUGGCCUACUACGACACCUUCAUCCAGCAGGGCGGCGACGACGUGCAGCAGCUGUGCGAGGCCGGGGAGGAGGAGUUCCUGGAGAUCAUGGCCUUGGUCGGCAUGGCAACCAAACCGCUGCACGUGCGGCGCCUGCAGAAGGCCCUGCGUGACUGGGCCGCCAGCCCCGCCCUCUUCAACCAGCCGCUGGCCAACCUCCCAGUGCACAGCGUCCCUCUGUUUAAGGUGGAGGCCCCGGGCGGGGCAGCCAGCUCGGGGGCCAGGAAGUCCCUGAGCAACGGCCACGCGGGGUCCCCGUGCGAGAGGGAGGAGCGGGCGUCCCUGACCCCCAUGCGGAGCGUCAGCCCCAGAAGCCCUUGCUCGCAGGCAUCGCCCCAGCUUCCCGAUAGCCUCGACAGAGACAGGCUGUCCCCCGCGGAACCCCACUGGCCGAAACCUGACCCGGACCCCGAUGGUGGCGGGGCGUCAGGGGCUACCGAGGGCCGUUGCAGCCCCGCCCCCUCCAGCCCCCCCACCGCCUCCUCAUCGCAGGCCUCGGCCUGGCCAGGGGGGCGGAUGGACCCAGAGACGGCACGGGUGGUGGGGGAGAGCGUGGAGAAGCUUCUGAGCACCCUGCCCAGGGGGGGGCCGGGGGAGGCCAAAUCACUGCUCAAGCUGAACAAGAAGCUGGCCAAGACCUUGGGACACAUCUUUGACAUGGAGCCCCAGGACCCCACCAAAGAGGAGGAGAUUCGCAAAUACAGCCUGAUCUACGGACGCUUCGACUCUAAGAGGAGAGAGAGCAAGCAUCUAACGCACCACGAGAUGAUUAUCAACGAAGCAGCUGCCCAGUUCUGCAUCCACGACAACGCCCUGCUGCUGCGGCGGGUGGAGUUGUUCUCGCUGGCCAGGCAAGUGGCACGGGACUGUGCCUACACCUCCAACCUCAAAAACAGCAGGACGAACGCAGACGAUAGCCCCCUGCCGCCGCAGAAGAAGAUCAAGCAGGAGGAAACCAUGUCAGAGUGCGUAUCCUCCUACUCGGAGGGGUCAGCGACGGGGUCGGAAAGCGGCCACCAGGGGGCGACGAGGUCAGGGGCGGACGAGGAGAGUCUGUCAGGAGAGAGCCGGGAUGGUCUGACACUGGACGUGGGGUCACAGCCUAGCCAAUCCCCAUUGCAUCAUCCCGCCCCCAACACCUCUGCCCCGCCCACCUGGAAUCGGCACUUCAUGCAACAGACGCUUGUGGACGAGGGGCUACGAUUGGCUAAGCUGGUGUCACAUGACCAAGCAGGAAACAUCAGCCCAGAGGCAGGCGGUAUCCAUAGCACAGAGCCAGGAAAAUAAGCUGCUGAGAGAGGGUCCCACUGCCGUCUUCCAGAGGAACAGCUCCUCUGACCCCAAAGAGGAUUCCUACCACAGUGUAAAAUAAGAACCCAUGUGCCACCUGAUCUUUGUCCUCUGCGAAAAUGUACUGCCCCCUUCCCCCCUCACCUCCCUCAUCUCUGUGGAUGCUCAUCCAGCAAUAAACUUUCACAGCAUCCUUUUGCAUUGUACAUACCAACCUGAAUCCAAAUGACUCACCUAUAGGGGGCACUGUCAAAAUUUCCACUGUUGAUUUUUGGCUGUGGCCAAGCAGCCGAUCAGCACUGGAAAGUGUCCACUCUCUUGUGCUCACUCACAUAAUCAUGUACUCACUUACAUUGCUCACUCAUGGACUUGCUGUUUGGUUCUUUGCUGUGGAUCUACCCAAAAUGCAUUGUACUUCUUGUCACCAGAUGGCAAAAGACCAUAAACUAAAGCAACUCAGAAAGUACUGUACUGUGGUCCCAGUCCUGAAGCAGUGAGCAGUAAUUUUUGGUGCUAUUUCUUUGUUCCUGUUCUUUGUGUAGAACCAGAAUGCUGGGGAGGCAGUCUUUAUGUAAUGAACAUGCGAAAACCAUGAUUAUGGAGGUUUGGACUGGAAUGGGUACAUAAUGUAGAUAAUUAAUACUAACUGGGUAUUAUUAACAAACAGACAUUUAAUCUCCUCCUUUCUUUGAAUUUUGGUGUAUAUUACUGUGCUUCUAGUGCCAGUGCGGACUAUGGCACCUGUUCUGUGGCAUUCUCGGCAAUCUGGUAACCCUUGUAUUAAGUGAAUGAUAGCUAUAUUGAAUGAUAUUAUGAUUAUUAUUAUAAUUAUUAUAAUUAAUAAUAAUAAUAAUAAUAAUAAUAAUAAUAAUAAUAAACAAGGGAGAGCACAGCCAUUGAAAAUGACAAACUUGGAGGAGGUAACUAAUAUUACACUGGUGUGACUCAGCCAGGUGAAAACACAUGUACAUGUGCUGUACUGUUGUUUCUCAGGUUCAUUUUCAAAUGCACAUCCUGUACAACACUAAAUUUGGGAAAGCGGGGAACCUCAUUUGGAAUGUACAUCUUUAGAUACCAUACAAACAUUGUAAAUAUCAGUGGUCAAUGGGGGUAUUUUGUUAAGAGUGGUAGUGAUAAUGAAUUCAGUAUCAAUAAAUGUUUCAAGACAAAAAUGUCUUAGACUAGUAAUUUAAUUGUUAACUGUUCCCUUGCUCUUUGGCUGUAGACAGUCUAUUUUAUUUUGGUGCAGAGUGUAUUUUAUCUGGUUAAUUUAAAAUAAAAAAUAUUACUUAAUCGUUUAA